UUUGUGACUUCGACCCACGCUCACCCUGAUCCCUUCAUCGCUCCGCCGUCCUUUUCACUGACAUUCAUUCAUUUACUGCUCCAUCCGACAACGCAUAUAUCCACCAUACAGAGCUCUAUCGCAAGAUCUUACCCACUCGCAGCUUAACUCUUCGACAGAUGGAACGCUAUGCGAAGAUAGAGAAAAUUGGCGAAGGCACCUAUGGCGUCGUGUACAAGGCCCGAGAUACCAGCACCAACACUAUCGUGGCUCUUAAGAAGAUACGGCUCGAGGCAGAAGAUGAGGGCGUCCCAAGCACUGCAAUCCGCGAAAUCAGUCUCCUUAAGGAGCUGAACGACGACAACAUUGUAAGGCUUUUGGACAUCGUCCAUGCCGACCAGAAAUUAUACCUGGUAUUCGAAUUCUUAGACGUGGAUCUUAAGCGCUACAUGGACCUUGCCAACAAAAAUCAAACACCUAUCACCUUGGAAAUGUCCAAGCGGUUCCUGCAUCAAUUAAACUCAGGAUUGGUCUACUGCCACUCGCACCGGAUUCUUCACCGCGACUUGAAGCCGCAAAAUCUCCUCAUUGACAAGCAUAAUAAUCUGAAGCUGGCCGACUUUGGACUCGCGCGGGCAUUCGGUAUACCGAUGCGGACUUACACUCAUGAGGUCGUAACGCUGUGGUAUCGUGCGCCCGAAGUGCUGCUUGGAUCCCGCCACUAUUCGACAGCAGUCGACAUGUGGUCGGUCGGAACCAUAUUUGCGGAGAUGGCUUGUCAGGGGCAGCCACUUUUCCCUGGCGACUCUGAAAUAGACCAAAUAUUUAAGAUAUUCCGGAUUUUGGGAACACCGAACGAAGACAUGUGGCCGGGCGUGAGUGGUUUGCCCGACUAUAAGCCUACAUUCCCGCGUUGGAGUGUGCAAGAUGUCUCUCGGGUCGUCCCGGAUUUGGAUCCGGCGGGGAUUGACAUGCUUAAACGUCUCCUUGCUUAUGAUUCUGCCAAGCGUAUUUCAGCAAAACGUGCACUCAAGCACCCUUACUUUGCCGAUUAUGAGUCCGAUUCAAGUUCAAGCUCUUAGUUCGCUCUCUUCCCUUCAGCUUUCGGUGUUAUUAAAUAUAUAGUACACGGUAAACUUAUAACCAGCCCCGCUGUUGGUCUUACUCUUUCCAUCUUCUCCCCAUCCAUUCUUCAUCGUGAUGCAAGCAUUUCCAUCCUCUGUUACAUGUCCUGAUCCCAUUUGUAAGAAUAUUGUUUCACCAAUUCAUGUAAUGUUGUUUCUGUCCUAUUAUGCCCGCGUAAUUGUUGGAGUAUCAGCGUUGAGAAGUAGCGGACGUCUUUAUGACGCAAGUGUACAUACGUCAUUCAUCAAACUUUUU